CGUCAAGUCAACCCUCAUCAAGGUCAGUAUGCCCCUCUGUCGCCUGGAAAGCAGUCAGGAAGCCUCUAUGACCUCUGCCUGGACGGCCUGUGUGGUCGAAAUGCAGGAUUUCGAGUGGGAAAGUGGUGGAUGGGCCGUCCAAGCAGUGGAUGUAGUGACGCCUGGCAUUCUCGCGACGUCUCCACGAACCCUGCUAACAGUAAUAUCGCAACUUCCCUUCUAGAUUCGCCAUGGGUUUCGCGCACAACAACGUCCUUCACGAUAACCAUUUCCGCAAGGACUGGCAGUCCCGCGUCCGCACCUGGUUCGACCAGCCCGGGCGCAAGCUCCGUCGCCGCCAGGCUCGCAAGACCAAGGCUGCUGCCCUUGGUGUGCGCCCGCUCACUCUCCUCCGCCCCGCCGUCCGCGCACAGACCGUGCGCUACAACAGGAAGGUCCGCGAGGGUCGUGGAUUCACCCUGGGCGAGCUCAAGGAGGCCGGCAUUGGCAAGAAGGAGGCCCGCGGCGUUGGCAUUGUUGUCGACCACCGGAGGCGAAACCUGAGUGAGGAGGGCAAGGCGAUCAACGUGGAGCGUCUCAAGGCGUACAAGGCGCGCCUCAUUGUCUUCCCCCGCAACCUCAAGAAGCCCAAGAAGGGCGACUCUACCGGCGAGGAGCUCUCUGCCCCCACAACCCGGUCCAACCUCCCUCUCCCCGACCCGUACGCCCACGAGGCUCCCCGCCAAAUCUCCGAGGAGGAGCGCGAGUUCCAGGCGUACCGCACCCUCCGCCAGGAGCGUGGGCGCGCUCGCAACGAGGGUCAGCGCAAGGUGCGGGAAGCCAAGAAGGCGGAGGAGGAGGCGAGCAAGAAGAAGUAAAGCGUUGCUUACUUGCAUUCCCUCACAUAUCUCGUCCUCACGUCCUUUCCCUUUGCACUGCCUAUGUACACAAAAAUUGGCGACGCCCGGGGUUACUGCAUUACAUGCCCUAUGCACCGAUUAUGACAUGCUCUUGGUGGAGUAUUCUCAAACACAUCCUCCAUGCUCUAUCUCA